AUGAACGCCGACAAAGAAACCAACGCAGUGUCUUUCAAGGAUACCAAGAUUUCGUGGGGAGAAAACCAAUUCCUUCUCUGUUGGCCGAGCGCUGGCCUACAAUACCCACGACCGCCCACGUCUCUCACAGAACAGGUUCGGAACUUGACCAUCGAGAUCUUCGUGGAUGGCCGAUUAGGUUGGAAAAGGAUGAUUGAAGACGCCAAAUUCCCGUACUCAUGGGAUGUCUUCCUCGACACCGAAAAGAGCUCCAGACUGCGUCAACCAACACUGAAGAAGCUUAGAGGGAGCGAGAAUCCGGCCGUCGUCUGGCAGUCAGAGUUUCCUGCCCUGAAGGAGCUCACAGUCGAGAUUAUACUCGCUGGGAAUCUAGAUGACUACCACAACCACAGGAACAAGAUCGGUAGGAUUCACUGGUGCAUGGACAAGGAAAAAAUCGAAGAGCACUUCGAAGGCUGUCGUACAUAUCUCAGCACCUGCGAGCUUACAGUCAAGGUCCGUGGUCUCAGAUGCGGAGACUAUUCAACCGAUGGAGAUGCCGGUCCCAACACCAAAGCCUGUCCCAACGGGUGCGCUGAGAAGAUUGCGACAUGCUUUGCGGAUCUCGUCGAAAUCAAGGAUUAG